AUGGUUUUUUUUCGACGGCGAUGUAAAAAAUUUAUUUCAACAACUAACGAUCCAUCUCGUUGUUUUUGUGGUCGACCAGAAUCCGAACAUGAUAAUAGUGCUGAAUAUCAUCCAUUAUCUCCUGUAAAGCCACCCAAUCGUGCGCUUAAAUCUAUAUCAACCAAACUUCUUUUCACUAAUCCGUCCCUUGAUCAAUCUGAACAUGAUUUUGAACGAUGGAAUGUUGCUAAACAUACAAUACUUUAUCCAACAAACGCAUAUGGAAUUAUUGAGUUUGAAAAUAUGCUUCAUCCAGCCAAAGCACAUUAUUUACGCUUAGCUUAUGAUACAAAUCCAUCCCAAAUUGUUCAUCUUUUUACAAAACAAUGGCGAUUACAAUUACCGAAUCUUAUUGUUAGUAUUCAUGGUGGUAUACAAAAUUUUGAAUUAGAACCCCGUCUUCGUCAAGUAUUAAAACGUGGUCUUUUAAAAGCAGCAAAAACUGCUGGUGCAUGGAUAUUUACAUCAGGUAUUAAUACAGGUGUUGUUAAACAUGUUGGUGAUGCACUUUUUAUGAGAUCAAGAAUUCGCUCAAAUAUUGUUGUCGUUGGUAUUGCACCAUGGGGUGUUAUUCAAGGACGCGAACAAUUAAAAGGACAAAAUCAAACAGUUUCUUAUCAUUCAGCAGCAGUUGUUACAGAAGACAAUUGUGCAACAUUAAAUAGUUCACACUGUUGUUUUUUACUUGUUGAUAAUGGAACAGUAAGAAAAUAUGGUGGAGAAGUUAUACUUCGAAAACGUUUUGAAAAAUAUCUUUCACAACAAAAAAUAUCAUUUCAUGGUCAUGUUGGAAAACAAAAUGUGCCUGUUGUAUGUGUUAUUGUUGAAGGUGGAACAAAUACAAUUCGUACCGUACUUGAAUAUGUUACUGAAGAACCACCAGUUUCUGUUGUAGUUAUUGAUGGAAGUGGUCGCGCUGCUGAUCUUAUUGCAUUUACAUAUAAACAUACACAAAAUGACGGAACAAUGGCAGCUGAUUUACAAGAACAAUUAUUAAAUGCUAUUGAAAAAACAUUUAAUUAUAAUCGACGACAAGCUGAAAAAGUUUAUGUUGAAUUAAUUGUAUGUAUGAGAAAAAGACAAUAUAUAACAAUCUAUAGAAUGGAUGAUGAUGGAUCAAGAGAACAAGAAGAUGUUGAUCAAGCUAUUCUACGAACUCUUCUUCGAAAUCAUAAAGCAAGUGCACUUGAACAAUUUCGUUUAACACUUUCAUGGAAUCGACCUGAUAUAGCUCAAACAUGCUUACUUACAAAACGUUUAGAAUUAACUCAAGCUCAAUUAGAUGUAUGCAUGUUUGAAGUACUAGUUGAUAAUCGUGUUGAAUAUAUUAAAUUACUUAUUGAAAAUGGUGUAUCGAUUAAAAAUUUUCUUACAUUUAAUCGUUUACAAGCAUUAUAUAAUGCAUGUGGGUCAAAUACAACACUAGAUUUAAUUGCUAAAGAUGUUAUACGUAGUGCAAAUCAUCAUGUACAAACAAGAAUUUAUUCAUUAUAUGAAGUAGGCCUUAUUGUAGAAAAACUUAUUGGACAAGGUUAUCGUUCAUCAUAUACACGUCGUAAUAUACGUCAUUUAUGUGUACGACAACCAUUUAGUGAACGACAAAAUUUUAAUGUUUAUAUUGAUGCUGAACAAAAAGAGCAACAUGCACAAAUGAAUAAUAAUGUGUUGAAUGAUGAUAUGAAAAAGAAUUCAGUGUGUGAAGAUCCAAAAUUUGAUUUUCCUUAUAAUGAAUUGCUUAUAUUUGCUGUUUUAACAAAACGACAUGAAAUGGCAUUAUUUUUUUGGGCACACGGUGAAGAAGCAUUAGCUAAAGCGCUUAUUGCAUGUCGAUUAAACAAAAGUUUAGCAAGAGAAGCACAAGAUGAUGAACUUGGUACUGAAAUUGCUGAUGAAUUUUUGUCAAAUGCUGAAGAUUUUCAACAAAGUAAUUAG